AGACCGCGCUGCCAGUCAACGUUGGGCUCGACAUACAGCCAGCGCGUGGCAGCAGCAAGACCAGCACAGCGGCCAUCUCGGGACCACAAGCACCAUCCUCACCGCGAGCUGCUACAGCCACUAACCGAGACCGAGCGUGGUCUUUUGCGAAGUCGAGAAGAUAACAAUAAGGAGGUUGACAAGCUGCUCGUGUCGCUCUUCCACCCUCCAAGCACUCCUUCAACCCCACCAACUCCAGGGACGACCUUUGUCCCCAUCGUGAAGCCCACCACCCCGACAAACCGGUUCUCCACGCGGCGAAGUGUCAUUCGUCACGAAACUGCUGUUGCUCUGCGCUCACGCAACCUCGUGUCUCGGAUGAACGAGCUGCGCACGCUACCCCAGCUACUGGAGCAAAUGGAAGCCUUGCAGCUCUGGAAGAAGCAGCAGCAUAUCGCAGAGCACGGCGUCGAUAUCGUAGCCAGGAACCGAGCCAACCCCGCGUUACAGGUGCUGCAAAAACCGUCACAGACGCCCUUACUCCCUUCAGCGACCGACCACAAGGUGCACCAGGCCAACAAGCGCAAGCAAGAGCUGGAUGCAGCGAAGGAGGAAAGCGUGCGGCGCAUCGUCGUCCGCUGGCAGAUUCGUCGCGAGCAGCGAGCCGAGCAAGCCCGUCGCGUCCACGUGCAGAGUCAGUGGUUACUGGUCGUUGCCCUAGCCAAAAGCUCCAAGAUGUGGCUGGCCAAGUUCCACGAGUUCCGUCUCAAGCGCAGCGCUCUGGUGCGCGUGAUAAUGGCCAAGCGCUUGCAACGCUACUGGCGGCAACGAACGCUCGUAAAGCGCAACUCGCUCCAGUUGCUGCGGUUUGCGCCUAGCACGCCUCUCUCAUCGGCGUUUUUCCGAAUGCCGGUGGUGAUCCACGCUGUGACGAGGCUACAGCAGAGCAUCCGGGACUGGCUCGAGCAGAAGCACCACCGCGAGCGUAGGGAGGCCGUUGCACUGAUCGUGACGGCGUGGUUUGAGUUCCAGGACGUGAAAUUCCGCCGCAUCAUCCUUCGCUUCCGGAAGCGCGUCCGAGACUUCCAGAUCAUGUGGCGGGCCUGGCGGGCCAUCACUGCUGCGAGGAUUAAGCUGUUACUCCUCGUAUGGGCGAAGCUGGAGCGGAAGGUCAAGCGGCGUCAUGGCAGACCAUUGAGUCAGCAGCACAAACAGCUCGAGGACAUGCACCGACACUUCCGCAACGGAGGAGCAGUGCACAUGCCUAUCAGCGCGAAUGCCCACGUCCGCCAAGACCUCGAGCUGAGGAGCAACAUGGGCGAGGAGUUCCAGCUCGUCAUGUACGACGUGUACACGACCCGCCAGAGUUUGUCCCCAAACUCCAAGACGUCCCCAACGCGAGCAUGCUUGGGGGUGGGUGCAGGAGCUGCGCAGCCCAGGCGAUCACCCCUCAAGACCCCGAAGUCCCCCGCACAGGCCCCGCCGCUGCCUCUCCAGCUGCCGCCCUCUUCCUCUCGCGUGCCCGUGCCGCCGCCGUCCAAGAAGGUCCCGCACCAGCUCAAGGUCGCGGUGCUGCGGAAGCUGCUCUCGGAGAAGCGCAAGACGUACUCGGACGCGCGGGACCGAGGGCGCGAGGCGUGGGCGGCGGCGCGCAAGCAGAUGCGCAGCGAGGCGCUCCGCUACGACGUGCUGGACGAGCUGGCGGCGUUCCGGCAGCUGCAGGCCAAGUACGCGACGUUCCUGCUGCUUCACAGCGUCACGGAGACGGAGAUGGUGCGGCUCAUCCACCAGACGCAGGAGGAGGUCAGCGCCGCUCUAUCGCCUAGCGGUGGUCAUCAUCGCAAGAGCAUCGACUUGUCGAAUGUUGUCCGAAUGUAA